UCAGUAUCUGGUCCACUGCGACCCUGCUUUUGAUUAUUUGAUUGUGUAGGGUACUGUCUGACUAUCAAUGACAAUGAGAGCCCUUUUACUUGCUGCUGUCGUUCUUGUAGCCCUGUCGGCUACCCUGGCUCAGGACACUGACCCCACAGAGCCUACAGAGGGUGAUUUGGAAGAGGCUGUCAGUCAAGAAAUUCUAUCGAAUGUUGCUGAUGCUGCUGAUACCGUAUGCAAGGCGUUCAAGCCUAGCCCUGACGUCACCGCUAGAUCAAAACGAGGCUGGUGGAAAAACACUUGGAACAACGUCAAAGAACCUCUGAUUAAUUUAGCAGUUGGUGCUGUUCUUGGUAAUGGCAAGAGGCAUUCUCUGGAAAACUUCCAGUUCAAUAGGACGAAAUUCAGUGGCUGGAAGGGAUGGAGACAGAACCACACCAGAUGGUACAACGUUAGAGACGCGGGUCAGGGUGAGACCACAAAGUGUGACCAGCAGUUGGUGCAGAAGGUCAACAGCAUCCAAGACGCUCUGGUCGUCCUGGGUACCAUGACGGACCUGGUGACGUCAACACAGGGAUGCGCAAAGAAACCGGAAGUGUAAAAUGUUGAAAUUAAAUAAACCCUAUUUAACUUA